AUGGCUUGUAUAUUUGAUUUAUGCACUGUCCUCGACAGACUGACAGGUGGUUCAACCAUCGUCAUGCAUCAUCCAGGCGCCACGGCUCCAAAUACACCCAUCGUUCCUGAAUCUCUCAAGGCCAAUAUCUACGUUAACCCCAAAGUCCUUCUUGAGCAUCACGAGCUACAUCCUGUGGUCGCCGAGAUCACUCAACUCUUCCUUGCGAAAUAUGCAACUCCUCUUGCUCAAAGCUUCGCAUCAUCCUGCACUAAGAAAGGAUGGAGAUCAGGAAGUUCGCAAACUCCUGCUAAAGGCAAAUGCAGGGCAGAGACUAGCCUAUUGCUGCUUAUUCCACUUCCAAUCACCCCAUCAUCUUCACACUUCGUCUUUCCAGGCCGCCCAGAUGGCUCACUGGCGGUCCUUUUGUCAACCAAGUCCCAUAUCUUAUCUUACAUUCCACACCACUAUGAUACUCAAAUUAUGUGGGUGGCGUCUCAGGUUGGUGUACAGAGCUCCGGCAAUCACACUCAUGACAGCACUGUCAACAUUUCUGCUAAUGACACUGACAAUGUGACACCCAUUACACCAGUGAAAAAGUCCAAAGUGCACUCGUUUCAGGGAAUGAUCAAGGAUACUCCCGUCACCAUGGUCGAGUCUUUGAGUGACUCUGACACUCACCCAUCUUCACUGUGGACUUAUCCUCAUGUUACAUUCUCAACCCAGAAGGGUAAGGAUGCGUCUUCGGCCCCAUUGUCAAAUAAUUCGGUCAUCAUCCCUUUUGGUAGCGAGACUAUGACUAUCUUGGAAAGCCUGGGAUAUCCAGACAACUUUCACCGACUUUGUCACCAGAUCUGUGAUCAGCAUUUGAUGAAGAGGUGGGUUGUCAAAUUAAAGGAGGAGGCUAAUAUUUCUCAAGAAGAUGCGGAGGCUAUUGUGGAUGCCAUGUUGAAAGAUUGCCAGGUCUAA